AUGCGUUCAGUUGUAGAAAUAGGGGCUAGUGUCCCUGCGUUCUUGGGAAAAUUAUGGAAAUUGGUUAAUGAUUCAGAAACCAAUCAUUUGAUUUCAUGGAGCCCCGGUGGAAAAACCUUUGUUAUCAAAAACCAAGCAGAGUUUGCCCGAGAGCUUUUGCCAUUGUAUUAUAAACACAAUAAUAUGGCUAGCUUUAUUCGACAAUUAAAUAUGUAUGGUUUUCAUAAGAUUACUUCAGUUGAAAAUGGAGGUUUAAGAUAUGAAAAGGAUGAAAUUGAAUUUUCUCAUCCUUGUUUUAUGAGAGGUCAUGCUUACUUACUGGAACACAUUAAGAGAAAGAUUGCUAAUCCCAAGACAAUUGUAGCUAGCAGUGAAGAUGGUGAAAAAAUUCUGCUUAAGCCAGAAAUUAUGAAUAAAAUGUUGGCAGAUGUUAAACAGAUGAAAGGGAAACAGGAAAGUCUUGAUGCCAAGUUCAGUGCAAUGAAGCAGGAAAAUGAAGCUCUCUGGCGGGAGGUAGCAAUUCUGAGGCAAAAGCAUAUUAAGCAGCAACAAAUUGUUAAUAAUCUUAUACAAUUUUUAAUGUCGUUAGUACAACCAACAAGGCCACCAAACUCUAAUGGUAAUAAUGUUGGUGUGAAGAGACCAUAUCAGUUGAUGAUCAACAGUUCAGCACAUGUUACUUCAAGUGACAGCUCUUACUCAAGCAAAGCAAAGAAUAUGAAAUUGGAUAAAGAUAUUGCUUUAGAAGAAAUAAGCGAAGAUAAUUUGGAAGAUGGGCCAACCAUACAUGAAUUAGCGCAUGAUGACAUAUUGCAUAAUGAAGCUUCACAAGACUCCUUAGACCCCGCUUCAUUUGUGACCGUUGACAUGACUUCUAAUCCUGCAAUAUUUGCCGGUCAAAACAACACUGAACCUUCAGCAUCUAUACAAUACCAUGUCACAAUGGAAGAUGGGGAUGAAGUGGAUACUGAUAGUAAAAUGUUAUAUCCAGCCAGUCGCACAAAAAGUGUCAAAACAACUACAGGCCCUAAAUCUCUACCAGUUGUUACUUCACCCUCUCCAAACCUGCUAUCACCUACAUCCCCAAAAAUAUUCUUGAUACCACAAAGUAUUCAUGAGCAACCAGCUAAUAACAGUACCAUGACCACACCUAGCACACUUAAACCCAAAGAUAAGAGAAGUGGAAACAAAAAUAUUAUGUCUAGUGGAAAACACUUCCUCUCUCCUAGUAGCUUUAAUACAAUGAAUACGACCGCCGAUCUUAAGUUGCCUGCUGAAAUUUUUGCUAGUGACGAUUCAAUUAGUGAUGCUGGAGUAACAUCUGCUGAUGAUCUAACCGAAAAUAACAUGAUGCAAGAAUCCAUACUUACUGAUCCAGUGAUUUCAAUCUCAAAAGAUGAAAUGCUUGGUGGAAUAAACAUUAAGAUUGAAAAACCAACACAGAAAACUAAGGGCUCAAAAAAGACAAAGAAAUCCAAGGACAGCAAUGCAUGUAACUUGAGUUUAGCCGACAUUAAGACUGAAUUAAAUGAGGAUUUAGACUGGAACAAUAUGAGCCUUGCCACAGUAAAUAAUAACACAAAUGUGAAUAGACUACCGACAGUAAAUAACAUUGAUGAUCAUUUAGAUACUAUGCAAACUGAUUUGGAUUCGUUACGAGAAUUAUUAAGAAGUGAUGGCUAUUCUCUGGAUACAAACACUUUAUUGGGGAAUGCUGAUACAGGCGUAGAAUCUGCGAUGUCUCUCGCCAUUCCUUUCCAUGAGCAAGCCAUGAAUGAUCAUCUAUUUGGAUCCGACGAUCCAUUCUAUGGGCUGUCAUAUAACUCCAAUGAUGAAAGAGCAAAGUCAAACAAUAAUGCUAAGAAGAAAGGUGAGAUAAAUGUAUGCAGUGACGAAACUCGCGCCCAGACCCUGGGUUCUGAGGACGAUGCUGACGGCUAUCAGCUAAUGUCAUAUACAGGAAAUAUUCCGUAUUUUGAGGAUAUAAGUAUUCCCGAAUUGGACGGUGAUAACUCGCGUGACGCUUCAUUGCCACCGAGUCCCAGCAGCUCGACGCUCAACACUCCACAAGUGGAGAUUCGAUCGCCUUCUUAUACACUGAAACCAUGA